AUGCGGAGCGAGUCUGGCGCCGAGGCGGGCGUGGGGUCGGUGGGCAAGAUCGUGGCUGUGGCGAGCUGCAAGGGCGGGGUGGGCAAGUCGACGACGGCGGUCAACCUCGCCUGCGCCCUCGCCGCCGCGGGGCGGAGGGUCGGCCUCGUCGACGUCGACGUGCACGGGCCCAGCCUGCCGACCAUGGUGGGCGGGAGGUGGGGCGAGGUGACGAGUUGUCUCUUGGAUCGCCUGCUGCAGGUCGACGGGGAGCUGCUGGUGCCGCUCGAGGCACACGGGCUGAAGCUCAUGUCGAUGGGCUUCAUCAACCCGGGGGCGCUGCCGCUGCGCGGCGCAAAGGUGACUCCGAUCGUGCAGCAGCUGAUUGGGCGCACGGCUUGGGGCGAGCUCGACUAUCUGAUCGUCGACAUGCCGCCCGGCACCGGCGAUGUGCAGCUGACGCUCAGCCAGGACUUUGAGGUGAGCGCGGCGGUGCUGGUGACGACGCCGCAGCGGCUCUCGUUUGUGGACGUGGUCAAGGGGGUGGAGAUGUUUGACAAGGUCGGCAUCCCCACAGUGGCUGUGAUGGAGAACAUGGCG